AUGUACGCCUUGACCCGAAUCAAGGGUGUCGGUCGUCGAUAUUCCAACUUGGUCUGCAAGAAAGCCGAUGUUGAUUUGAACAAGCGUGCUGGAGAAAUCACCACCGAAGAACUCGAGCGAAUUGUCACCAUCAUCCAAAGCCCUACACAAUACAAAAUUCCCGAGUGGUUCCUUAACAGACAACGCGAUAUUGUCGACGGCAAAAACACCCAGGUACUGGCCAACGGCAUGGAGAGCAAGCUGCGUGAGGAUUUGGAGCGCCUGAAGAAGAUCCGAGCCCAUCGUGGUCUGCGACACUACUGGGGCCUGCGUGUUAGAGGUCAACAUUCCAAGACCACUGGCCGAAGAGGUCGCACUGUUGGUGUCAGCAAAAAGAAGGGUUAA